UGUAUAGUUGGAUUAGUUGGGUUGUAAAUUCGUGUCGCAUCAGCACAUCACACAAAGUGUGGAUUUUGGAAUGGCCUCCUCGCAUCUUCUUCUUCCUCCACUCUGUAUAUCUCUUUCAGCUCCAGACCAUUCCCAUUCCAGUAGCCCCAGAAAAGCAUUGCUUUCCCAUUCCAAACACAAACAGGCUAUCCAAACCCAGAAGAAGCCAAUCAAAGUAAAUGCUGGUUUGCAAUCCAAGACUGUGAAUUUCUUGCUCUCUGGCUCUCUGGCUCUCGCUCUGUCCUUCUCAGGAGUUGGAUUUGCGGAGGGGAAGGUAGGGGUUAACAAGCCGGAAAUGCUUCCUAAGGAGUUUACCACUGUUAUUGAUGUUGCUGGAUUUCUCUCAGAUGGCCAGGAGAAAAGACUUGCACAGGAGAUUGCAGAUAUCGAAAAGGAUACUGGAUUCAAGUUGAGAGUUUUGGCUCAGAACUACCCUGAAACGCCAGGAUUAGCAAUCAAGGAUUUCUGGGAAGUGGAUGACAGGACUAUAGUCUUCGUUGCUGAUCCUACUUUUGGCAACAUACUAAACUUCAAUGUUGGAGCGUCUGUGGAUCUAGACAUUCCGCGUAGCUUCUGGAGCCGUUUGGCUGGGAAAUAUGGGAACAUAUUUUAUUGGAAGGAAAAGGGUGAAGAUGCGUCUAUUGAAUCUGCUGUUAUGGCAAUAUCAGCCUGCUUGAGAGAACCAGUGGGCGCAAAUAAUUGCUCAGAGCAUGGUCUAUCUCAAAAGAAUCCACCCACACUCGAUAUUAUAUAUGUCAUCUCUCUCGGACCCGUCUCUCUGCAUCAUCUUAACCAUUAAUAUUAGCACAGCAUAAUACUCAAUUGGAGCAAUUCAAAAUUGCACAAUUUAUUUAUGUUGUUCUUGAACACAGUCACGUACAGUUUGAAUCUUUCGAGUCAAGGUACUCAUAUUGCCAUGUCA